CCAUCGAAAACUAUUCAAGAGCUUGUGAACACCUGCGGAAUACGAACCGCGGUAGGGGAGAGGCGACGAGAAGUUUCACCAAAGAUUAUGGGCGGUCGCGAAGCUAAGCCACAUAGCUGGCCUUGGCAGUCUGCUCUUUAUGUUCGACCUUUCGGUGAUUCUGCUGCAAAUAAGGGAGUUGUGGAAUCCCCCUUCUGCGGAGCAACCUUGAUCUCUCAUCAAUGGCUUAUCACGGCUGCGCAUUGCCUAAGCGAACUUGUACCUGACAGAAUUCUUACCGUGGGUCAGGUCUUCAACGUUGAGAUGGAGAUGGAUGUAACCAUAGUGGCAAAAAUCGGCGAUCAUAAUCGAGGGAAAGAUGAUGGUCCACAGGAGGUCACUAGAGCCAUUCAAGCAGCUAUUAUUCACCCAGAUUAUCGACGUGGAUACUCUGAACGGGGCUUCGAUGUCGCUUUAUUGAAGUUGGAAGAACCUGUGAAGUUUGGUAAGAUAACUAUGCUUUUGUAUGUGACAGCGUAUGAAUUUCUCAACUAG